AUGGCAUCUAAUACUACGCAAGACAAACGGUUGAUGGAUAAUUUGAACCAAAUUGAUCAUGAAAUUGAAGAAAUCUCUGAGAAUAAUUAUGUCUUUGUUGCUGAAAAUGAUCUCGAUGUAGGUAUAGCGCAAGAACUAGGAUGGACGAUGGUUGACUUCACCGAAAAUGAGGCGGAGAAAUAUAAUGCACAAUAUUAUUCGUGUGCCGAACAGCAUAGAGAUGACGAUUCUUCUGGUGGAAUGUUCCCAACUCGACUCCAAUUAUUAAAAGACUAUGCCUGUAAUAAAACUUCUGAGGUCCGUAAUACAGCUUCUAAGGUCGUCAAUGGUACAGCUUCUGUGGUCGUCGAUACAGCUUCUAUGGUCGCUGGUACAGCUGCUAAGGUUGCCGGUGGUACGGCUUCUAUGGUCGUCGAUGCAGCCUCUAUAGUCGCCGUUACAGCUGCUAGGGUCCCCGUUGCAGUAAUGGUGGUACUUAUAAUGGGUGCAGCAGGCCAACGGAUAUGA